AUGAAAGGCGAGCAUCUUGUUCGCACCCUCGAGCAUUUCCACAGCUUUGGUUAUAUUUCAGCAGCGUCGACGACUUGCGUCAGCGGGCAGCGGCCAGACGCCGACAAGAUCAGCCAUGUCGGCCCGUCGACGGUCUUGCCCUGUACGAAGGAUUCAUUUGCACCUGUACAGCAACCUGGCUUUUUCAGCACACGACGACUCGACAAGAUCCGACACCACAUGAGUGUGCACGGCCGAAAGCCCAAAGAGCACUCUGACGCUGCUCCCCUCUGGCGCGCCUGCCAGCUUCAGACCUAUUUUACAGCCAAGGGCAUCAUUGAUUAUUUCGAAGUCGACGACGCAGUGCCCAUUCACCCUCAGCAGACAGCACGGCUCGACCCAUCCUGCACGAUUUCCACUUUGGCAUCCACAUCCGCAUCCACCUCCACCCCAACGACGACUUCCACCUCCAACGGCAACUGA